AAUAUAUAAAAAUCUGUUGAAAAUGGCGGAGCAAAACCAACCAAAGGUGUGGGACCUCGGGAAAUGGGACUCGCAGGCAAUCGGAAAAUACAAUAGCAUACCGCGCAUACAACAGGAGCUGCGCCGUGGCAACUGGACCUACAUUUGCGAACAUCCAGAGAUUCGCGCCAUCAUUCGGGUCAUUCUGCAGAAGGCGAUCAACGCGAAACCCCAUCCUGAGAACAUACGCAAGUUUGUGGCCGAGUUCUUUAAUUGUUGUCGCACUCCGCUGCUGGUGCCAAUGGUGAAUACACAAUUGAAGUACGUCAAGGAACAGCUGGCGCGUGGUCGCUGGAGUGCUUUCGAUGCGGAGUUGCUGUUCAUGGAGACCUGCUCCACGCACUCGCUUCUGUCAACUGCCUCCGUGAAUAGCAAUGUUCACCCCAUUCUAACCUACGCGCUCGUCUUUAAGAAACCCGAUGAGUGCUGUAUUGACAAGCCACCGUUCUAGGACUCGCAGCAGCUUUUCACUAUUUACACGUAUAUAUCUAAAACACAAGAACUUCCUGAUCAAGGAUCAUUUUGCAAUUGGAUCAGAACCUGUAGGAUGACAGGCUUAAGCGCACUCCCAAAACUCACCCCAAACCGAUCUCACUAUCACUCCAGAGUCUCCUGUUCCUCCUCUUAGUGGCUUUUAUUUGUGCUAACUGUUGGUUGGCUGUAUCUGUGAUUGGAUCAAGUAGGAUUAUUUAUAGGUCGGUUGGGCGUGAUCUAUAAUAAUUAUUAUAGGAACCCAGUUAAAUCCUAAUUUCCAUUGUUUUCUGCCAUUGAUGUAUCAAAUGGUUUUUGAAAGUCAUUCAAUGGAAAGUUUUUGAUAAAAUGUUUCUUCAUAAUAUUUACAUAUACCCACCCACAUUUGUAGACAUGUCUGAAGCUCGUCCAUUUUCUAUUUAUAAAUGUAUUCACUGACAGAAAGCAGUAGGGCUAAUUUGAGCUGAAUGUACGAGUACUGUGCAGGGUAAACGCUCUGUCUAACACUGUCUGAGCCAACAAUAGAAAUCGUGUCAAUAUUUGGAUUCACGAAAACAGAAUUUCUAAAUAAACAAGGCGCUAAUAAAGAAUUCAAAUUACAUUCAAGA